CCGACGUUUUGUUUUUUUGUCCCCCGAAUCUCGUCCAGCUCUUCAACACUUACAAAAUCCUCGAAAACUGUACUCAACAUGGCCGACUCACGCCCUCCAGUCUACAUUGUCUCUGCCGUCCGCACACCCAUGGGAAUGUUCCUUGGGUCACUCUCGAGCUUGAGUGCAGUGCAGCUAGGUGCUCACGCCAUUAAGUCUGCUGUCCAGCGGGCUGGCAUUAAGCCCGAAGACGUUGAGGAGGUUCUCUUUGGUAAUGUGCUCUCUGCCAAUCUUGGCCAGAACCCAGCUCGCCAGUGCGUAAUCGGUGCUGGUCUCCCCGAGUCUACUAUCGCGACCACCAUAAACAAAGUUUGUGCUUCGGGCACCAAGGCCAUCAUUAUCGGCGCUCAGACGAUCAUGACCGGCAAUGCGGACAUCGUCGUCGCUGGUGGCACCGAGUCCAUGUCGAAUGUCCCACAUUAUCUCCCUACCUCAAGAACCGGCUCCAAGUUCGGUGAUAUCUCUCUCGUAGAUGGUGUCCUGAAGGAUGGCCUCACCGACGCAUACAAGAAGGAACACAUGGGCCUUCAGGGCGAGCUCUGCGCAAACGACCAUGGCUUCAGCCGUGAGCAACAAGACGACUAUGCCAUCAGAUCAUACAAGAAGGCACAAGAGGCACAAAAGAAUGGCUGGUUUGCCGAGGAAAUAGCCCCUAUCGAGGUUUCUGGUGGUCGUGGGAAGCCUCCUGUCACCAUAUCUGAGGACGACGAGCCAAAGAACUUUAACGAGGCCAAGACCAAGACGUUAAAGCCUUCAUUCAAGCCUGGCGAUGGUACUGUCACCGCCGCUAAUGCUUCGCCUCUCUCGGAUGGUGCCUCAGCCGUCGUCUUGGUCUCUGAAGCCGCUCUUAAGAAGCUUAACCUCAAGCCUCUUGCUAAGAUUCUAGGCUGGGGCGACGCUGAACAGACCCCCGCUAAAUUCACCACUGCUCCUGCUCUUGCCGUGCCAAAGGCUCUCAAGCAUGCUGCUGUGGAUAUUAACUCUGUUGACGCUUUCGAAGUGAACGAGGCAUUCUCUGUAGUUGCCUUGUCAAACAUGAAGCUUCUCGGUAUUACUGAGGACAAGGUUAACCUUCACGGUGGAGCCGUCGCUCUCGGCCACCCGCUCGGUGCCUCCGGUGCCCGGAUCGUAACCACUUUGCUCGGUGUACUAAAAGAAAAGAAGGGUAAGAUUGGAUGUGUGGGGAUCUGCAAUGGAGGUGGAGGCGCCAGUGCUCUUGUUGUCGAGAGUCUGCUAUAGACG